CUGCCUCUGGAGCUCGAGGAGCACUCAGCAGGGCACUGGGUACCCAGCACUGAGCAGAUCAACUCCUGGAGCUGAGAAUGUCCUGCAAGCAUCUGGUCUUCCUGGCUUUGGCAGGGAUACUGCUGGCUCACCUCUGCAGCCAGUCAGAAGCAGCAAGCAACUUUGACUGCUGCCUCACAUACACAAAGAACGUGUAUCAUCAUGCGAGAAAUUUUGUGGGUUUCACAACACAGAUGGCCGACGAAGCUUGUGACAUUAAUGCUAUCAUCUUUCACCUGAAGUCGAAAAGAUCCGUGUGCGCUGACCCAAAGCAGACCUGGGUGAAAAGGAUUUUGCAUCUCCUCAGGUAUGGAUCCCUGAAGGACAAGCAGUCUUUCUCCAAAUGACGGGAAUAAGGGAGCAGAGCUUGGACCACGGACCCGUUGGCGUUCUUUAGACUAGUGACAUCGAAUUUUAGAAGGGGGAUUUGAGUUAGAUCAUGCAAGCACAGGAUACAUUUUGCAGUUAUAUGUCAACUCCAUCAUCAUUUUUGACAUUAUUUUAACUUAAUGACUGGCCUCACAAGCCUGUAUUAGAAUUCCCCGUGCAGCUGAUAGUCACUAGCUACUUGGUUCUCGUGGCAAAGAUGUUUCCUCGUUAUAUCAUUUAUAGACUUCCUGACACUUGGUUGGUUGCUAAACCCUGAAAAAUAGAUCUAGUUAAGAAGAGACCAGGGAUUCUGGUUUCCAUCAGUAAUGUAACAUUUUAUCAACAGAUGGUGUCUGAUACUUAGAGACCCUAGAUAAGUGUUCACGUCCCGUUUCUGUCAGUAACUAGCUUAGCUAUGCUGGGCAAGGCCAUCUUCUCUCAGAUUCAAAUUCCUCAUAAGA